AUGCCUUCUUCCAAGGGAAAGCCUACCGACCCCGAGCUGAGAGAAGAGCUUAAAGAGGAAAUCAAGCAAGAGCCCAACAAGUCCGGCGGCGGCGAGGGGCAGUGGGCGGCAUGGAAGGGAUCAAAGCUGGCCAAGGAGUACGAGAAGCAGGGCGGCGGCUACGAGAACGAGGCCGGGUCCAAGAACGAGCCGAAGAAGGGCGAGCCCCAGAAGAAGAGCGAGAGCAAAAAGGCGUCCGAGACGAGAGAAUAG